AUGGAUUUCAUCCAGGAUCUUCGGCAAUCAGAAUCCAAAGGGCCAAGCCCAUCUAUCUUGGAAAUAUUUGAUGUUCUGUGUAAUAAUGAGGGAGGGGACUGUUUUGAGCGUCCACUCGUUCCAGAUCGAAUUGUCAGAAUGGUCAAUUCAGCAAGCAAAAGACGUCUUGGUAAAUUAGAUACAUUUAUGGUGCUCGAAUAUCUCUGUUCAAAAAACGUGCCUCCAGUGUCUGUUCUCACAGCUCUAUUAUUCAUUGAGAAACUUGUAGUAGCCGAUCCUUAUUCAUCUUUAUUGACUGAAGUUACAGCAGUUGAUCUUUUUGCUGUAUCAAUGGUAGUGGCAUCCAAAUAUCUACAUGACGAUGAUACGGACUAUGGAAUGUACAAUGCAGAAUGGGCAGACGAAUUCGAUAUGGAUCUCAAAGAGUUGAAUGAACUUGAAGUCAAAUUCGUUUCCGCUCUUAAUUGGGAGUUUUUUGUAACUAGAGCACAAAUACUCCAAUUUGGUUUGGAGAUCGGGGUCUUCCGUCAGAUUACCAAGUCUGAUUCAUUUGGCGACAAACCUGAGUUCAAUGUAUAUUCUAUGUUGUCACAUAUUUCUCAAAUCUUUUUGAAGUAUUCUAGGCACCGUACUUCACCCGAAAUUAAGAGAGUAAGCAAAAUUCUAUUAGUCUUGGUGCUCGCUUAUCUGGGUACUGACCAAUUUUCUCAAUGUUCUUUGGAGACACAAUACUCUGAUCAAAAUCAAACACAUAUUUCUGCAAUCGUUGUAGAUCAAUGUCCAGAUAAUAUUCUGUCAAAUAUGACUCAUUCAGACGAACUAACAAAUGUUACUAACCAAAAUAUUGAAGUAUGUACAAAAGACUUGACAUGCAGAUAUCAUAGCCAACAUGAAUCCGUAUCUUACUCGUAUUUUAAAGAAACUGAUCCGACUACACGAAUGAUAGACUGUCCAACAUGA